CUCCCUUAGCAUAAUCUUCAUCAUCAUCAGACUUCUUUCGCUCGUCAAUCUCGACACACCGCUUCCUUCAUUUCCAAUGGAAGAAACUCAUCAUUACGCAUCAACCACCGCCGCCGAUGACCAUUACAGUCAAGCUCCAGGGACACCAGAGCCUGACGUCGAGUUCCUCACUUCCGGCGGCCGUUGCAUUCCGGCUCACUCUACCAUCCUGGCCUCUGUAUCGCCGGUACUCGAAAAUAUCAUAGAUAGGCCACGGAAGCACGGAAGCUCCGAGAGAGUCAUUCCGAUUCUCGGCGUUCCGUGCGACGCCGUCUCCGCGUUCGUUCGAUUCCUUUCCUCCUCCAGGUGCACCGACGAGGAGAUAGAGAAGUACGGGAUUCAUCUAUUGGCGCUAUCUCACGUGUACUUGAUACCUCAACUGAAGCAGAGGUGCACAAGAGGGAUUGGUCAGCGGUUGACGACUGAGAAUGUGGUGGAUGUGCUUCAAUUGGCUAGGCUCUGCGAUGCACCUGAUCUUCACCUCAAAUCCAUGAAAUUUAUCUCUAACAAUUUCAAGGCUGUAGAGAACACUGAAGGAUGGGAGUUCUUGCAAGAUAAUGAUCCUUGGCUCGAGCUCGAGAUUCUUCAAUUUAUGGAUGAGGCUGAAUCCAGGAGAAAGAGAUCGAGAAGGCGCAGAGAGGAGCAGAAACUGUAUCUGCAGCUAGCAGAGGCCAUGGAUUGUUUGGAGCACAUAUGUACAGAAGGUUGUACAAAUGUUGGUCCUUAUGACAUAGAACCCACCAAGAAGAGAGAGCCCUGCAGCAAGUUCGCAACUUGUGAAGGUCUUCAGAUGUCGAUCCGACACUUUGCUACUUGUAAGAAGCGGGUUAAUGGAGGCUGUGUAAGAUGCAAGCGAAUGUGGCAGAUUCUUCGACUCCACUCAUCAAUUUGUGACCAACCUGGUUCUUGCAGAGUCCCACUUUGCAGGCAAUUCAAAUUGAAAAUGCUGCAAGAGAAGAAGAGUGAUGAUGCUAGGUGGAGGCUACUUGUGAAGAAGGUGGUUUCUGCAAAAGCAAUAUCUUCACUCUCUCUUCCAAAGAGGAAGAGAGAGGAAAUGAAGGAAACAAUGGAAGAUCAAGGAAUCAAAAACUUUAGACUUUGAUGGUGACCAUAUAAAAAAAUUCUAGGAUUUGAUUGCAUAUUGUUCAUUCUUUUCAGCUGAGCAGCACUACAAGUCAAGUUAUUGUAUAGUGGCUGUGAUGAUUAAAAGGUUGUAAUGGUGUUUGCCAUUAGGUGGGUGUUGAAUUAUUAAUACUAAAAAGUGGAAGGCAUGAGAAACAUGUUCAAAGAUGUUUGAAAGCACUCGUGCAACAAGGAAUCACCGGCUCUUCCUAGAAAGUUCUUUAACCUUGGCACUUUCUUAGUCGGUGGCCACUAAGAUUUUUCCAGUGUCUUUCUUGUGGAAUUGUCUGGAGAACCCAAGUCGGCAUACUCACCGACUUUGGGCUAUUGUAUGUACAGACGUGUGUGAAACAACCAAGUGAGAGAGAGAAGUGUGAGUGUGUAGAGAUAAGUGUGAGCGUGUGUUGGGCACACAUUGUGAGAUGUGAGGUUGUGAAUCGUUGUAUAUUUGAUCUUUGUAUCAAAUAAAUUAAGUUCAUUGAUGUUUCGACUUCA